AUGGGUUCGAUCAAUGGAGGAGAAGAAGACAUCCUCCACGUAAUGUUCAUCCCAUUCUUGGCACCAGGCCACAUGGUCCCGAUGGUAGACAUCGCCAGGCUCUUCGCCGCCGCCGGCGGCAGAGACAUCAGAGUCACGAUCCUCACUACAACCACCAAUGCACGCCGCAUUUCCUCCGCCAUUGACCGCGAUUCCCUCUCCGGCCGCCGCAUCUCCCUCAUCACCCUCGCCUUCCCUUUCAAAGAAGCCGGCCUCCCGGAAGGCUGCGAAAAUCUCCUCUCCGCACCCACCCCUGAAAUCAACUUCAAGCUCUUCCACGGCAUCGAAUUGCUCCAGCCGGAGAUGAUCGAUCUGGUACGGACCCACCGCCCCGACUGCCUAGUUACUGACUACCUUUACCCUUGGUCCGCCGACGUUUCCGCCGAGCUCGGAAUCCCCAGGCUCGCCUUCAGCGGCAGUGGUUUCUUCAAUCUAUGUAUCGCCGACAGCAUCGAGGCCAACAACCCGCACGCCCAAAUCUCGUCGGAGUCUGAAGAAUUCGUCGUCCCGGGAAUUCCGAACCGCGUAACCCUAACCAGAUCUCAGCUUCCCGAUAUUGUGAAAGGGGAAGCGAAACUGUCUAGGUUCUUUGACAAAUUAAAACAGGCUGAGAGAAGAAGUUACGGAGUUAUAGUUAACACGUUUCAUUCCCUAGAGGCAGAGUACGCAGACCAUUAUAGAAGAGUCACAGGAUUAAAAGCAUGGCAAUUGGGACCCGUAUCGUUGUUCAUCAACCGGAAUUUCGAUGAUAAGAUCAAUAGAGGUGGGAAAUCAGACGUAAAUGCAGAGAAUUGCUUGAAUUGGCUCGACUCCAUGAAACCGAACUCUGUUCUCUACAUUUGCCUUGGAAGUCUGACUCGAUUCAGCAAACCCCAAAUCACCGAAAUUUCUCGCGCAUUAGAGGAAUCGAGCCACCCUUUUAUCUGGGUAUUGGCUAAGAUCCUGAAACCCAACGUGGAGUUCGAUCAAGUCGACGAAGGGUUUGAGAACAGAGUAAAACAGAGUGGGAAAGGGCUGAUCAUCAGAGGAUGGGCCCCACAGAUGGCGAUCUUGGAACACGCGUCGAUCGGAGGGUUCGUGACGCAUUGCGGGUGGAAUUCGAUAAUGGAAGGGGUUUGCGCCGGGGUGCCGAUGGUGACGUGGCCGAUUUUCGCAGAGCAGUUUUACAACGAGAAGCUGGUGACUCAGGUGAUGAAGUUUGGGGUUUCGGUAGGGAAUGAGGUGUGGUCGGUGUGGGCGACGGAGGAGUUGCCGUUGAUUCGCGGGGAGAGGUUGAGAAGCGCGGUGGAGGUGGUGAUGGGCGGCGGCGUGGAGGCGGCGGAGAUGAGGAGGAAGGCGGUGGAGUUGGGGAAGGAGGCGAAGAGAGCCGUGGGAGAAGGUGGGACGUCGAGUGAUGAGUUGAAGGGUUUGUUGGAGGAGAUUAGAGGGUGUAAAAGUAAGAGAAGAGGGGUAGAACACGUAGCUUGA